AUGGAAAGCUUUUCCAAAGUGAUCAGCUUCUACCAGAUACUAGCUCUGCAUUGGUUCAGUUACAAACGAAAUAAGGUGAUAGACUGCGAAAUUAUCUUCUUCAUUAUUUUGAACUUUUGUUGUGUCACCGUUCUUUUGUACUGGAUCUACCGACACCCAUCGUUGGUAAUAUUCACCGAAAGUGCCCUUGGGUAUGUGGUGGAUUAUUUCAAGUACCUUCUGAUGAUAUUCACGUACUACUCGCUGUUUGUGGAAAGUGGCUUUCAAGCGGGAAUUCUGCGUCAAGUUUGGAAAGAGCUGGAACAAUUCCAGCACAUUCUACCCCGUGCUGGAUGGGCAUCUCAGCAGCGAUGUCACUUCGUUAUUGUUGCCUGCUUCGUCUUCUAUAUGACCUGGUGGGAGAUUACGUACGCAUACUGUAUUUGUAAAACGGAUCGAUGUUUGAACUUUACUAUUUUGUUUUGGAUAUUGUUUUUGCUGCUCCAUUUGCGACAGUUGCAGAUCUUACUCUAUACCAAUCUAGUGAGCUUUUGCUUGAAUACACUGAACACAGAGCUGCUCUGGACGAUCGAGCUGAGCAGGGGUGCCAGCAGAUAUGGUGGUGCCCGCAGUGAUGGUAAGAUCUGUGGCAAUUUACGCACGCUGCUGGAUGUGUUCGCACGUACCGAACAUCUGAUCGAAUUACUUAACCGAGCAUUUGGAUACUCGUUUACCAUCAUCAAGUUGAUCAACCACAUCUACAUACUGACCGACACGUACUGGAUUGUGCAGGGCUUCAUAAACGGAAGAGUCCUCGGUUCACUGUGUAUGUGUUGGACACGGUCUUGCACCAGAAGCUAG